AUGGAUGAUUUUUCUGUUUUUGGCUCUUCGUUUGAUAUGUGUUUGGGUAACUUGGAGAAUGUAUUGAAUCGUUGUGAAAAAGAAAAUCUGGUGUUAAAUUGGGGAAAAUGCCAUUUUAUGGUAAAAGAAGGCAUAGUACUUGGGCACAAAGUAUCUAGUAAAGGUAUUGAAGUGGAUCGAGCAAAAAUCUCUACAAUAAAAAAUCUUCCACCGCCCGUGUCAGUCAAGGGAAUUAGAAGUUUUCUAGGACAUGUUGGGUUUUGUCGAAGAUUCAUUAAGGAAUUUUCGAAGAUUUCAAAGCCUUUUUCUACUUUGUUGAUGAAUGGUGUUGCCUUUGAUUUUAAUGAAGAGUGCUUGCAUGCUUUUAAAGUGCUGAAGGAGAAGCUGACAACUGCACCUAUUGUGAUGGUUCCAAAUUGGGAUUUACCGUUCGAAUUGAUGUGUGGUGCUAGUGAUUAUGCGGUUGGCACGAUUUUGGGGCAGCAUAUUGACAAGUUCAGAUCGUAUCUAAUUGGUAACAAGGUGAUUGUGUACACUGAUCACUCUGCUAUCAAAUGGGUUCUAUUGCUACAAGAGUUUGAUAUGGAGAUUCGUGACAAAAAGGGUACUAAAAACCAGAUAGCUGAUCACUUGUCAAGACUUGAAGUAGAGGAGAGAGUCAGAAUGAGAAAGCUGUACAGAUUAAUGAUUUCUUUCCAGAUGAAAAAUUAUUUGGGGCUUGUGAGGUGUCAGCGCACUGGUAAUAUCUCAAGGCGAAAUGAGAAGCCCCUCAAUGUGAUUUUGGAAGUUGAGCUUUUUGAUGUUUUGGGCAUUGACUUCAUGGGUCCAUUUCCACCAUCUUACAAUAAUGAGUAUAUCUUGUUAGUAGUUGAUUAUGUGUCAAAAUGGGUGGAAGCUGCUGCUACGAAGACCAAUGACGGUAAAACUGUGUUGAACUAUCUACAUAAACAUAUUUUCACUCGUUUUGGUACACCCCGAGCUCUCAUUAGCGAUGAAGGGAGUCAUUUUGUCAACAAACAACUUGAUGGACUUCUAGCUCGCUAUGGUGUAUACCACCACAUUGCAUUGCCAUAUCAUCCCCAAUCAAAUGGCCAAGCUAAUAUUUCAAAUAGGGAGGUGAAAAAUAUCCUUGAGAAGACUGUGGAUAGUUCAAGGAAAAACUGGUCAAAGAAGUUGGAUGAUGCACUAUGGGCUUACAGAACCGCGUUUAAAACAUCGAUAGGUAUGUCUCCAUAUCACUUAGUUUUUGGAAAAGCUUGUCAUCUUCUAGUUGAGUUAGAGCACAGGGCAUAUUGGGCAAUGAAAAAGUUAAACUUUGAUUGGAAUCCUGCUAGUGAGAAUAGAAUUUUGAAACUGAAUGAGCUUGAUGAAUUUCGUAAUGAGGCAUACGAAAAUGCAAAAAUCUAUAAGGAGCGCACCAAAGCUUGGCAUGACAAGAACCUAGUCAGAAAAGAGUUUCAACCCGGGUAG